GUUGUUAGAAACCGUACGGAUUCUAUUUGUUGUAAAUCGUCUUCGACGCGGUUUAUCGCACUCGCGUCAAAUGUUAUUGUACAGACGAAUUAAAUUCUAUUUGAACAAAAUCGCGUAAUCUUUCGAGCGAACAUUACGGUAAAUUUUUGUGCGCGUCAAAGAAAAAAAAAAAAUCAAAUAUUAAAAAUCAAAAAUUAAAAAUAACGAUGUCGAGGUGGUGGUGUUAUUUUGGCACGUGCUUGCUCAUCCUACAAUUAUGCGAAUCGGCCAGUCUACGAUGCUCGACAACAACUGCAUUUGGAAAAAGUUACAUCGACUGCGACAACCCAAUCUACUGUCGAGGAGAACUCUUGAAAACCAUGCAGCUAGCCGAAUUAUUUAACGACAGCAAAACGUUCGUCGACCUAUUUCAACUACACGAUCCAGAAGUGACGCUGAGCAAUUUUGACACGAUGAUGAGCGAGACGGGGAACAACCCUGAUCGGGCGCGAUUGGAAAAAUUUCUUGAAGAUAAUUUCUCCCAAGAAUCAGAACUCGAUGACUGGAACCCACCGGAUUGGCAACCUAAUCCAGUGGCAUUUAUGCGUAUCAGAGAUCAAAAGUUCCGUAAAUGGGCUCAAGACUUGAACGUAAUAUGGAAACAAUUGAUGAGAAAAAUGAAACCGGAAGUUGCCGAACACCCCAAACGACACAGUCUUAUUUAUUUAAACAACCCGUUCGUUGUUCCAGGGGGUCGUUUCAGAGAAAGCUAUUAUUGGGACACCUACUGGGCGAUGACUGGCAUGCUUCUUUCCGAAAUGAACGACACCGUUCGUGGAAUAUUAGAAAAUUUUUAUUCACUGGUUGAAAGAUUUGGAUUCAUACCGAACGGAAGCAGAGUUUACUACCUAAUGAGAAGUCAGCCACCUUUCCUAAUGCUGAUGACCCAAAAGUACCUUGAAUUUACUGAGGACAUCGGAUUCUUAGGAAGGCACAUUGGUACCUUGGAAAAAGAAUUCAACUUCUGGCUUCGCGAGAGAACCACAGAACUCGAGGUAUGCGGAAAAACCUAUAAAUUGGCUCGAUAUGCUGUAAGGAGCGUUGGACCACGACCCGAAAGUUAUCGGGAAGACUACCGUCUAGGUAAAACGGUGAAAGGCGAUAGAUUGGAUGGUUUCUACAAUGAUAUCAAGGCUGCCGCUGAAAGUGGUUGGGAUUUUUCGAGUCGUUGGUUCGAUGGAACGAACGAGGAUUUGGUCGGUAAUCUUUCCACCAUUAGAACUGAAACUGUAAUACCCGUCGAACUUAACGCGCUUCUCGAAAAAAAUGCAAGACUUUUAGCCGAAUUUCAUCUGAGACUGAACAAUCCUGUGAAAGCUGCUCACUACGCUACCAUCGCUCAGGAUUUCCAAGAAGCUAUAGAUAACGUUCUUUGGAACGAAGAAGAGCAUAUGUGGCUGGAUUAUGACACCGUUAAAAAAGUUUCUAAGACGAAAUUUUACCCCACGAAUUUAACACCACUUUACACUCGCAGUUACGAUCGUUCCAGAGCUAAGGACUUGGCAAGAUGGAGCGUCGCUCAUCUUGAAAAGUUCAAGAUUCUAGAUUUUAUGGGUGGCACCCCCGCCUCGACGGAAAAUACCGGUGAACAAUGGGACUAUCCCAACGCAUGGCCACCCCUACAAUCGAUAUUAGUCCUUGGACUUCACGGUACGGGAUGGGAACCAGCGACCUCCGUCGCGAAGACACUCGCUACCAGAUGGCUAAGAGCGAACCUCGCAGGAUUUACCGAGUACAACGAGAUGUUCGAAAAGUACGACGCUAUAAGUCCGGGACGUUUUGGCGGCGGUGGUGAGUACAACGUGCAAGCUGGUUUCGGCUGGACGAACGGGGUGGUUAUGGAAUUUUUGGACUUGUAUUCGGACACAAUCACCAGCGAAGACAGUCAAGUAACUACGGAAACUACCGUUGAGAGAUAAGCUGAGCUGAUAAAAAAUUCGGAAUUCCUUGGCAUGCAGUCGGCUGCGGGAAUAGUAAUUUUUCAUACUUGAGGUUUUCUUUACAUACUUUUGCCGUUGAAAUUUUUCUCCGAGUAUCGUGACGUAAAAUUAUACAUUUGAAAUUAUAUGGCGUGCAGAGGAAUCACCGGGUGUAAGAAGAAAAAAAAAAAAAAAACAGAAAAAACUAAACCUCGGGGAGAUUUUAAUUUCGGCCCUUUCCUCGAAUAACAAAUUGUGUUUUCGCGUGGAUUUUAUGACGUAGGUAAUUUUCUGAAAGGUUGAAGAAUAUCGUAUCGUUUCAGUAGGGGGUAGAAAAAAAUGUAUAAUGCAGAUAAAAAAAUAAAAAAAAAAUCUAAGAACAUAAAUUUGGGGAGAAGAGAAAGCGACCCCACGCCGCAGACGGUAUGAUAUUAGAAUUUUAUUGUCCUUUUCAUCAAUAUCGAAAUAAAUUUUUCGAUGUGUAUGGGUAUGCAAAGGAUUUUGAAACGCCAACGUAACGUAUAAGUGAAAAGAGAAUACAGUUUAUAUUUGAUCUGCAGCACCCCGCGCACUGGUUGGUCGUAAAACUGUUUAUCUAUUACUCGGGGGUCGCUUAUCUUCGCCACAAAACUAAAUAAAACAUAUUAAAAAAAAAAAGGAAUUCUGCUCCCCGAAGAGGGGAAAAAUAAAUAAAUUUAUAAUUAAAAUCAAGAGUUGCCGAGGGGAUAAAAAGUGUGAAAUUUUCGCGAAAAGAUAUACCUCGAUUCGCGUAUAAUUCGGUUCACCACGUACUGCGGAAGGAUCAGGCCAAAUUUAUCCGAACAAACAAAAUUCCAUGACACGAAUUAUUUCAACCCCCCACGGUGAAAAAUAACAUUAAACGAAUUUCUACCUCGUCUUGAAAUUCAAUGUUUUUCCGAUCAUGUUUUCUGUUGUAUAAUGUGUGUUUUACAAUGAAAAUGGCCAUCAGGGCUUGCAAUAUUUUUCUUUGCAAUUAUUGUCGGUAUACAAUGAAAAUUUGGUAUUUCCUACAGAAUUCACUGCAGAGGAUUUCGUUUGAAGUAGGCUUAUCGCGUUAAUGGGCAUAAAUAAAAUUACACGAAGGAUAUAAAAAUAUGAGGAAAAAAAUCGCGACGGUAUAUUGGAUGUAUAUGCUUCAGAAAUUUACACAUACGCAUGUAUAUAUAUGCCUACAUGUAUAAUAUUCUACGAAAUUAACCCGUAAGCCGCAAGAAUUACGACUUUAUGAAGUAUAUGCAUCCUAAUUAUCCCUGUACAAGUUAUAAUUACCGCAGGUCGGAAAACUUUUUGAGUAACUGCAGCUACAGUGGAGAAGAGAUGAGAAAAAAUAAAUGAAUAGAAUAAAAAGAGAAGAGAAAAAAAAAAAAAAACCAGAGUUGCAGGAUGAGUUGGUUAUAAUACGGGUAAUACAGGCGAUAUAAAAAAGGCGUAUCUUCUUUUUCAUUACUCGCCAUUUUUGCUUUUAUUAACGUAAUCAGAUUUUAAUUACGCAAUUAUUCCGUAUCGAAGUAUUUCGGUUAACUCUGAGGAGUAACCUAAAUGAUCCUUGCAUUGAUUGGGUGAUUCAUUUUUAUGAUAAAAUCCAUAGACGCUCAUUGAUAGGUGUAUAUAUAUAUUAUACAGAUUGACGAAAGAAUAUUGUAAUAACAUAAAUGCCAGAUAUAUAUAUUAUAUCCGCAUUAUUUUUUAAGAGCCCGUUUAAUAAAUCCACGGGUUCUCAAACCGUUCGGUAUCAAAAGUAGCUGCUGUGUACCGAAAUUAUUUUUACGUAUCGCACGAUAUUAUGGGGAUGAAAUUCACGAGAACGCGGGAACAUGCCCGCAGCUGUUCAAUUCUGCGGUAUAUUAAGGCGCAAUCUGAAUACAAGCAACAAAAAAAGCGGGGAAACAAUCGCGGUUUCUCCGCGGACACGGAGGGAGAAAAAAAAACUUGAGAAAAAAAGUGCUGUUCUAAACCAAUUUCAGAUAACCCUCCCCGUCAUCGCGCUCGCGGGAUAGCUGAAAAGAUGUAAAACUGGAGGCGAGCGAAAGAUCUUAUGAACCGUAUAAACGGACAGGUCAUUACCGUUCGACUUUCAGCAGAAAUUGCCAACGUAUUUUUCGUUUAUUUCACAUAUUUCUCGUUCUCCGAGUGAAAAUGUAAUUGAGGCUGUCGAUGGAAAAUUCUUGACAUUGAUAAAUCAAGAAUGGAUGAAACAAAAUCACACACUGUACUCUCGCGUCCAUAUAAUACACGCUGAUGUAAUUUUGGAGUUUUCGAAUGCUUUUACCGCGGUUAAGUCAUAGCGGAUAAAAUUUCGCGCGGUAUAAACGUGCGAAAAAUUUCAAAUACUCGAAGUAAAUUAUUAUAGACAUUUAGCCGCAGGACAACGUACCUGGAAAAGGCCGUUGUGAAAAAAAAAUAAGAUCAGCUGUGCCCGUGGGAAUAAUUUUUGUUCCUCCACCUCCUCUCUCGUGCGGUAUUCGGAAUUUAUGGAUUUGUAAAUUUUUUUAUUUCAUUUCACGUAAUUUCUUUUUUUUUUUUUUUGCUUUUACUUUCGUCAACCGAAGUUGCACUCUUUUCAAACUCGUAAGUUUCUCCGCGGCUGUGUAUAGGGAUUAUCGGGAUUAUCGGGAUUAUCUUCCGGGAUUUUAUAUGCGUUCGUUAAAGCGAAUCGUACGGUGCAGCUAUAUCCGGUUCAUAUCCGAUUUUCAUGUAUGACGAUGCCAUUUUCUCUUCCGUAUGUAAUUCAUUUCACUGUUACGUAUAUAAUUAUAUAUAUAUAUAUAGGUAUCCAAACAUCGCCUAUACGACGACGUAUACAUAUAUAUAUAUAUGCUUACGCUAGAUACAUUUUAGCACACUCGGAAAAUCCUGAAGGAUAUAUUUCUACGACAAAGCCCCAAGGGAUUCAUAUAAAGGGUAACGUGUCCGCGUCUAGAGAGCUAUCCCCAACGUGGUGACCGCGACGCGAUUUUCUCUUGCUAUCGAAAAGCUGAAAUAAAAGAGGAAAAAUUCCAUACAGAAGAUCAGAAGUCUCAGUUAUUCCCUGACCUUCUCAGGUAUAAUACGUGGGAUUGAGAAUCAAGUUAUAUAUACACGUAUAUUGCGCUACUGACCCACGCCGCUUUUUUCUGCAAACAUCGAUACGGGGACUAAUUUCAAAAAUGAAAGAAACAAAUUAUCCCACCGAGUUAUAUUUGUUAAAUUAGAUCGAAGAAUAUAAAUAUUUUUCAUUUUGUACCGCUGUACGGAUAUCUCGAGUCGGGGACGUAUUUAUCGAGGUUGUGUUAAUUCAGUCGGUUCUCAGGGGGAUGAAAAAAUAGCGGAAAAAGCGAAAGAGGAAGAAUAAAAACUGAAAAAUAAAUGAAGGAAUAGUAAUGGAAAAUAUAUAGAUGCAAUUUCCCGUGUAUUAAUAUACUACCAUAACUGUACUACAGCUGCUGCGGAACGUGGCAAGUUUAAAAAAUACUACUCAAUGGGUGAAACAUUUUUUUUCGACCUUGUAAGGUUGGAGAGAGUCGAUAAAAAAUUCUCCACACGAAAUAUGCAUGCACCGACAUUCUUAGCACGUGUGAGAUACACGAACGGGGAAGCUUUAUCCCUCAGAAUCACGACUACUUGGCAAUUCCGUAGGUAAAAUAUCAUAUAAAUAUACUCCACGUCGAAAUUCCGUAUCCAAAACCAAAAAUAUUUGCGAGGAAUUUGUUUGAAGAUAUUUUUCGAGCAAAUAAAAUCAUAAAAUACUGAAAUCGAUUAUCAAAGCAAUCGAGAUAGAAUGAUAAUAAUUAUUGGGUGGUAACGAAAAUGAAGUAAUCACAAAUUACAAAUUUGUACAUAAAUAUUCGCUGAUAUUUGAGCGAAUUAUAUUUCAGAAAUAUAUAUUUCACACGAGUGAAAUGCGGAAAAUAAUAUUCACAGUUGUCAAUUGAAGAAAUUGAUAACAUUUGCGGUAUUAUAGCAUACGUGCGUUUAAACAUCGUCGAUGCACACAAUUUACAUUCAUAUAUAAUUACUCUGGGGGUAUGGUCGACAGAUUUAGGUUCUAAAUGGAUCAUGUUCACAAUUUAACAUAAAUCCGACUCUGAUGGGGCUCAAUGGCUAAUUCAAUCUGCGCAGCUGGUAUAUAUACGGCGUAAAUUUUCACGACUAUAUUCCAGCAAUUACCGAUUGAUUAGAAUAACCAGAAAUAGGGCGUACACGCUGAACGAGAUUAAUUAUUACCCCUAAUUAUUCUAACCGAAAUAACUGCGAACAAAAUAACGAUCGAUCAAGGGUCGAACAAAUAUCAAUAAUUCGUAAUAUUUUUAAUAUUUUUCAAUUAUCCGCUCACCCUCUUCGAUACGGCGUAAAAACGAAGGAGACGAAGAAUCGGCCGGACGAAUAGGUCGCAGAAUUUUCCACCUGCACUCACGUAACUUCGUUCCUCAUUACCUAUACCCGAGGAUAUAAUUUCGGUACUACGCACAACACCUGAUAACACACGCGCGGGUAAUACGCCGACAGACCUACUUAGCUCGCGGUCACCGACUCACUGGAUUAUUUCCCUAUAAAUCCGACUUUAAUCGAACUCUAGACAACGUACGGCGUCACAAAAGGUAUACCAGACGUUAAACACGCUCUCUCACACGUACGACGAGCGUCGCGACGCCGAGCGAACUGUUCGUGUGUCGCAUCAAACGUAUUGUAAACAGAUCACGCAUAUUAGAGUGCGAAGUUCGUUUUAUCUAGCUUCUUCGCCUCGUCUCUUUCAUCGGUCGAAUAACUUUGAAAAUAAACAAACAAAAUUUCAAGCAAAACAUCUGUGUAUAAUAUAUCUUCCUCAGACUUUUCUGAAAAUGUUCAAUGCUGAAUUUAAGCCUCUGCAAAAAUCGUAAACUUUGGAUUUCCUUCGGUUUUGAAAAGAAAAAUUCAUUCUAUUUUUAUCUCCAAUAGAAUUUUCUCUCGAGUUUCGUGGUCGCGAAAUAUAUUCAUGUGGAUUUGUCGUACAAGUAUUUCUGAUACGUGUGUGAUAAUGUAAGAGUUUUUCGCAAUAUCGAACCAUAAAGUAGCUAAUAAACCGAAUAAUUUUGAACACGCGAUUCUCGAAUUAUACUCGUGUUCGAUCUCAUCUGAUAUUUUACCGUAGUUACGUGUACGUACAAGUGUAUUCAGAUUGUGGAGGAUAACCUUUACGGUUAGAUACAAUUAUUUACGAUCUGCAUAACGUAAGAUUUAUUGCACAGCUAAACUUUCUCCAUAUGAUCUAAAGGCGUACCUAUACACAAGUUACGUAUGUAUGACACGAGUUCGAAUUGUUCACAGCGUCAUAGUUGAGCAGAUUUUACACGUAAUGUGGCUCGACUAUACAGCUAAAGCAUUAUAACACGCAGUCAUUCAGAUCUUUAUUGCUGCACUUUUUGCCGCGACAACUUAUCUAUUUGAGGGAGAAUCCUGGUCGAUGCGCGGAUACGAUAAACGACGGGGGAGGGGGGGGGGGAGACGGGGGGAUCGGAAUUUUACUGCGCUAAAAGAUUGCAUUUCAUAAUUCUGCAGCUGGUUCGGUUCUCCGCUGCAGUAACAACUAAGGUUUACUGCUGAAUAAUAACGGAUAUCCUCCCGUUAAAGUUCGGGCUUUGACGCACACGUACGUAGAAUAUUUCACGUGCGCGAAUAUCCGCCGGGCAAAUGUGCGCGAAGGUUACAAUGGCAGAUACAGGUACACGUGUACAGAUAAAAUAUAUGCGGACGUGACGAUGGUGUAUGGAUGAGAAUCGUUAAACGCGUACAUGUACCUAGUUUUAUGGAAAAUUCAUAUUUGUCACGUAUAAAUUUCAAACCGCGAUUCUUCCGCAUGAAUAUUUUUCUCACCCCUAGCCUACUUCUUUCCAUCAACGUACUCGACCUCACAGAAUUAGGGCACUGCGUUUGUUUUAUCGGUGGCAUUCGAAGACUCAUAUUUUUCGGAUGGUCAGUGAAGGGAAUUCUGUAACACCGGUUCGAUCGUACGACGAAAUGUUCUUCCUGAGCGUCGCGAAAGUCGUGGGAGUGAAAUGAUUUGACUUCGUCUGUAGUUGGUUCUUUCGUUUUGAAGUUGACCGAGUUGACUGGGAACGUCCCGUGCGCAUUGUGACGAGUAAACGGACACGAUUGGGGUUGAAACGUGGCCAAGUGCCGUACAAACAGCAAACCUGAACGCAAACCAGAAAAUUCCGAAAAUUUUAUUGGGCGCCAGGUUGCGGCGCUUCGUAUACGUGGGAAUAAAAAAGGAGCACUUGAAGAAAUAAAAGGAUCGAGGGGUACAAAGGUGUUAAAACAUCCCCGUCUCACAAUUUAACACAAUCGGAUGGAAAGAUGCAAAACGGACUUUAUGCCAAAUCGGUCUGGGAUGCGAGAACUUUAAAACGUUAUGCGAAAAAACGAUUCGCGAGAUAGAGAAGGACAAAAAAUUUUGAAUAUUCGAAAAUGUGGGGGUAUAAAAUUUUCCAUGGACACGAAAUGAUCAAAGCCAUUUUUCGAUCGAAGCGCCCUUGAUCUUCCCACAGCUACAGAUGCACAUGUAUAUAUAAACUAUCGAAUUCAAUCUCGUGGGAUAAUUUUUUUUUUUUUUUUUGCCGCGUGGGAAGAUAUAGAAACUCGUUCGGAAACCGUGAAAGAUAGCUGUAGAUCGUUUAUUUCUGCUUCAAGUCUGACGGUCUGGGUACAUUUAACAGGAGAUAGUGGGUAAGAGGAUGCGAUAUCCCGGGUCCGACAUUAACUCCGCUCUUUUGUUCUUUUGUUACUUAUUUUUUUCAUUUUUUCAUCGAACUAAGGAGCCGUAGUUCUUUGAACCUAAUAGCUGUAUCGAUUAUUCAACACCGACACAUAAGGCGACCUGUAUAGGCAUCAAUUUGGUCGGGAUGGGAAGAAAUUUAGUCCACUCGUACGAUCGCUGAGUCGACGUAAAUUAGUCUCCUUUAAUUCCUCAAGUCCUUCUUGAUUUACACGAAACUUGCAGAAUAUAAUGAAUUUCGGAAGUCUAUAUACGAGGUCUUUAAUAUCCCAUCUAUUCCCGAGCGAAAAAUUGGGGAUAACUAGAUCGUUUGGAUAGAUAGCUAUCAAUUUAGUCGACAGGUUUAUUUUACAUAGAGUAUAAAAUAUCAUUCAUCGGUGCCGAGUACCCAAUCAACACUAUAUCUGUACGAAUCAAUAAGCUCUCGGGAAAAAGAUCGGAUAUAGGAGAUGAGAAAAAAUGUUUCAUGGGUAUAAAAAUUUGUUGAAUCUACAGGGAUUGAUUGAACUUGUUAUAUGCGUUUCUGUUACAGUUACGGGACGAUGGCUUCAUUUUCUAUACUCGCCAAUAGAAACGUCGACUGUAGAUAAUAUUAUUGAAUUCAAGGAACAAGAUACAUUUCAUCUGACGA